UGCUGCUGUAUUAAUCGUGCUGUAUUUACGAUGGGAACUUGCACGCACAAAACGUGACCACUAUCCUUCGAAAAAAAGGAGGAAAAACUGGCCGACAAAACCACUUUUUCCGUGCCACCACAGUCGCGAGAACCGGACUAAGGUAUACCCAGAAAUGCCUCCAAGAUGAUCUGGUUGAGUUUCUUGCUUUUGGCCGGGCCGAUGGUGUGUCUGGCCGGAGACAGUGCAGCGGAUUCUGGUAGCGGCGACGGAGCGGGUAGCGGGGCAGGCAGUAGCCCGAGCAACACGGCCAAUCGUGCCGUGGUCGAAGUGGUCCUGUAUGAUAGCAACAUCAAUGGCGAUUACACUACUCGGACUCUAGAAUUGACUGGGACUUUCUCGCCUGCUGGGGUGACCAUCAGUGCAGAAGGCGAAAUUAAACAGAUGCAUCCGCUUGGGCUGUGUAAUUCUAACGAAGAUGAGGAGCCUUUUGAUUACGGCUGGGUGGGUGUGGUCCAACUGGCCUCACCCCUAGAUGACCCUAAACCGUGUCUUACUAUUUACCAGAAGGCCAAGCGUGCAGUGCAGCUAGGUGCGACGGCCGUUAUCUUCGACGUGACGCAUAAUACAGAUGCCAUCCAGGAGCUACGCCGGGAGGAGUCCGCAUCCUUGGAACGUCCCAUUGUCAUCUUGCGGGGAUCUGAUGCGCGUGAACUGAUGAACAUCGUUAACCGACAGACUGAGGCUAGAGCUCGCAUCAUGACCCCACCUGCUCAGCCCCCUCAGAAAACAUCCAACGAGUUCUUCGACAUGGGAAUCUUUGUGGCAUUCUUCGUUCUGAUUGCCAUCAUCUGUUUGCUGCUUCUCCUCAAGUUAAGAUGGAGACAGAAAAGGAAACAGACUUCACAGGUUCGUAUGGCAAUGGACGCGCUAUCAAAGAUGGAGGUACGCAAAUACAAACACUAUUCCGACCACCACCAGUUACGUAAGUCAUCGCAGGAUGAGCGUUACACGGAGCUCCACCAGAUCCGUAAGUCCUCUCAGGACGAUAGAUGGGCUGCCACCACGCUGAGUAUAGCAUCGGAGGGGAUCAUCUGUGCGAUUUGUCUGGAGGAGUUCCAUGACGGCGAGGAAUUGAGAGUGGUACCCUGUUCACAUGAAUUCCAUCGCCACUGUGUGGAUCCAUGGCUCCUGUCUAACCGAACCUGCCCUCUAUGCAUGUAUAAUAUUAUUGGUUGUGGACCAGAGCAGCCUCCACGCCCACCCUUACCUCCCCCUGCUGCCAACCCCUCCACUCCUCUCAGAGUCAGCCUACCGGGCACGCCAGCGUCUCCUGAAUUCAUGCCGGAGAGUUGGUCCUUUCCUCCCACCACAUACAGCAUCCCGUACACGGGCAUGAGAACUCACUCAUUUGGGCUGCGCGGCUGCCCGCGUAGACCAAACCACUGCAAGAGAAACGGCCAUCACUUCCAUAGGAACUCUGUUGACAGUGCUCAAGUCGGUAACGUCCAUGUUUUAGGGGAUUCUAGAGACCUCAGGCGCAUGAGUUGCGGAGCCCGGACAGAGAAUGCUGGACAGAAUGUUAUUAUGGUCCAACGGGGUUGUGAACAGUGUGGGAAUGUCUGCUCACACUGCCAGCAGCAGCUCGCCAGAAGUAAAUCCCGAGCCCGUUGCCGUAGAGAUGAGAGCAGGAAUCUUGGCCUGACGUCAUUUGAGAACCACUACAUAGUGAACUUAUCGCCUGUACAGAACAGAGAAUUAGGGAACUAUCAAGAUUUAUGCAGCUUAAAGUACCCAGGGAAGAUUGUCGCGCAUGAUACGCGGCAUUACUGCGGUCAGAUCGUGCCUGUCCGCGUCCAUCUAGAGAACCUACCGCCACCUGUCUCCGCUUCAUCUAAUUGCAAUGCCACUGACCUCAGGGAUUUAUCAUCAGGGAGCAGUCUUAGCCUGUCAGCUUUCCAUGCUGACUGUGAGUGUAGCGAUAGCACUGUCAGUAGCCACGGUAACUUUGAUAGUAAUCAGAGCGUUUACGGCAGCUCGUCCACAUUUCGGAGCGAGCCCAGCACGUCAGACCCCUGCGCUUACGCACAACCGGGACAAGUCGAGCAGAAUUUUGAUUUGACGGAAGCAACGCAGCUAACGCCGACAUGUGUUCAUAGGAUCAAUCAUGAAGUGAGACCAGUAAGCACGUCGGACACUGACGAAGCCAAACAAAGCAGCGACACGACGACAAGCGAAACGACCAACUUCUCUAUGCAGGUGAAUGUGUCCCAGAAGUCCGCAGUACCUCCAAACUCAAACGCUACACGACAAAAAAGCACCCAUCAGCAUUCAAAGUCUUCAAACAGAACUUCAAAUAACGGAAAAUGUUCUCACUUGCAUAGCCACCAUAAACCACAUCAAUCCAACAAAACAAAGGACUCCAAGAAAUCCGUCGCCAAGGCUAAGCCAAUAUGGCCGACGCAACAACUUACCAAACGGAAAUCGCCUUGCCCGUGUUGCUCAGGAAAAAUAGUGUGGGAAAGUUGCGUAAGAAACUUGGAAAGUUCAGCAAAGACCACCGAGAGGUCGUCUAGGUCAACUGAAAGGUCAAGGUCACCAGAAAGGUCAAGGUCACCAGAGAGAGGGGCAAGACAUAGUAGGAAACAGGGUCGGGGGUCACUGCACAUGUAUAGAGGUCAUCUGAGGUUACCGCUACAGUCACUAGCUGCACUCAAGAAUGGCCAAGGAACCGUGGUUACGAUUCCAGUUCACCAUGGCAACCAGCAAGUUCUGGAGGAGAUUGUCUAAUGCAUAGAGAGCUGCCAAUAUUUCAUUUGCCUUUCAUCCCAUUUGCUGCUGUCAAGCUUUUCAACUACGGAGCAUCCGCCCGAGAUCACGGCCCCAUUUCAUGGUGUUUCCAAGCAGAAAACAAGUUAGAAAAUGCUGUUCAGCAAAAUUAUUACCGGAAACAAGUAAUUAUACAACAAGCGUACACAUUGCAUAACCUUUUGACUUGAAUUAUCAAACAAUCAAAUUCUUUAUCUUUCUAUUUUACAACUUGCAACGUUACAUCCAAAACUAUCGGACUAUGUGUGAAACCAUAGGACACAACGUCACAAAUUUCAAAAUAGUCAGUUCAAGAAUGGGAUUUGAUGUUUAAUCUACAAUCACUGGGUGAAGGAUAAACAGUAUCAACCUUUGGCGUGUUGUUUUUGCAAACAGAUUCUUUUUGUGCCUAGUAAAUCCUUUAAAUUGUUCCCAGAUUUGCACGAGACACAUUGCUCACAUCAAUGCCUUGCAUGUGUCAUUUGUUAUACGGAUAAAAAUUCUGAGUACUUUGCCUUUGUAAAAUACAAGCUCUUUAGAAGUACAUGUGUCUCAAGUGAUUCAACCUUCGCUUGAUGCUGACUUUCCCCAAGCAAUGUUGUACCGGUAGUCACAUCCAUUACAAAUACAUGUAAACCACUAGUCCAUUCAGAGGUCCAGUCACAGAUAACAGUGGGUGGACAAUAACAAAGGAAUGCCUCCCAGUAUAUUUCAAUAGCUCAUGAGUUGAAAUGGGAGUGGAGGACUUGUGACGGACCUGUGAUGGACUUGUGAUGGACUUGUGAUGACUUGCAGGGACUUGUGAUGGACUUGGCUAUAUCACUGUUCCCGAGGGGACGGGCUCAUGGAGCUGCUGGGGGCCGAUUUUAUGAAACGCUGAGGGUAACUAGAAAGGGUAACUUGUCUUAAUUGCGACUCGUCCUAGGAUCGAUUUCACCAAAAUUAAGACCCCUUCAACACGUCCUAACUUCCUUUAUAGCAAUGCAGCUGAACUCGUCUUAACUUAAGAUCAGUCUGAUGGUCAUCUUAUCUCAUUAAUGCGUGUGUUAAUUUGUAUGUCAUCUGGAAAUUAUCAUUUCUGUUAAAGACGAGUGUCGGCCUAGAGUUAUAGUUCAAGGAGGAAAACCGCUGUAGAAACAGAUUUAAAAAGAUUUCUGAUACCCGGGAAGUUUUAAUAAAUACAGCUUAUUUACAACAUACGAUUAUAUGCCAAAACCCAGUCGACUCUUUAAAAUGGCGUGAUGAAACGGGGAGCAAGAAUGACUCUAUCGUAUCUUGUGUAAAACUUCCUUGCGUGUGAAAUUGAUUGAGUAGAGUAAUUUUUCUGGCAGAGUUCGUGUUCUAUGCAAUCGC